AUGUCUGAUAACAAUGAUUGUGACGUGGCUGCAGUGUUUCUAGCCGUGUUGGUAUUUGCAUUGCCGCUAACACUUUUGAUCCCAGGGUUUUCAGUGUGGAACGUGGUGCCCAAGUUUCGAGUGACCAGGUUCCAUUUUGUUAGCCAAGAUGUUACCUGGUUACAAAUUAAUGCCGGAAUUAUAACAGUACUAACCAUUUUCUUCUGUCUGUAUCUUGAGAUACGGAAAAGAAAAUUAGACGAUAUGGUUGAAAAUGUUCUUACGGUGAGCCAAGCUACCGAUGCCACAUUGGAGGUAGAACGUGGUCGUCAAGCCGCGGCGGUGAAGGUCUGCGUGGAGCUUCUCGAUGCUUCCACUGAACAUUACGAGCAAUUGGCACUGCUGCGAGAUGAGCUGCAGAAACGAAAUGUAAUGAAAAGGCAAUACCCACCCGCCAUCGAACUGAGUUCCUCAGAAAUGUGUGCAUGA